GGCGUCAGUGACUUCGCGUCCGCCGAUCCGAUCGGAUCCUCUUCAAAAGGUGCGCGCGUUCCUCCGUGAGACUACCAGAAGGUAGUCGGGCAAAUUGGACCAUUCGAUCGUCGCCUUUAAGAAAAUCGACCACCGCGAUGCAGCGCGACCUCGGCCGACAAGGUGUCUGAAGGAUAUCCCCGCGGGAUCUCUCUCCAACCUCUCUCUCUGGCCUUCGCCUCUCCUCGCGGGAUACGGUAGGUCCUGUUCGUAUGGCUACCAGGAUGCAGCUCAGACCCAGUUAUCGAGGCGUCCAAAGGCACCCCGCGGCCCGCGCGCACGGCUCGGCAUAAAGCAAUAAAAGCGCCCGCGCCGUACGAGAUAUAUCUCGCGAGGCUUCGCGUAAGAAACGGCGAAAGAAAGCCGGCUGCACCGGUAAAUCAUAAACGCCACGGGGAUCGAACCCCACGGGAGAUAACUGCCUUCGCGUCAGGAGAUACAGAGAAAGAGAGAGAGGAGAGAGCAAACUCUCGGUUAACCGAGCGGGAUUCAUCGUUCGUCGAUCGCACGUCCAUCGGAACCAUCUAUCCUCGAACGUCUCUCGGGUGGCAUUCGAAAACGAAACAGGAAGAGGACCCCAUUCAACGUUCAUCAUCGGGAAAACAGGACGUCCGGAAAAGUACCUCGGCUGCGCGCGCGCGCGAGAGACGAUCUUCAUCGUAAGCGUCUCUUGCUCGCCAUCGCGGACAUCAUCGAUGGUCCUGAUAGCUUAGAGUCCAUAAGAUACGGCCUCACACGUGUAUAGACAGUCGUCGCUCGCGAGUGUUCAUCACAGGAUACACCGCCGGUAGAUCGUAAUAGUUUAAGGGCCGCCGAGGAGAGAUGUUUGCCUGCUCGCUCACGCAACGGUGUUUACCGUCGAGAAUAUUAUCGAUAGAUACGCGAUAGUCUUGCCGUAACGCGUUUGCGCUACCGCCCCUGAUCAAUCGCGGGAGGAGGAGGAUGAUCGAUCGCGUGUGUGAAAAGUGUAACGCGGAAAGUGGCAAACCCGCGAGCGGAUCGACGCCGACGGCGAUCGCCUUGACAGUGCCUCCGCCGACAGUACGCAGGAACGAUCGACCGGCACGCUCGACGCGGUGUCUCGUCGACGGUGUCUCGUGAUUCUCGAUCUCUCACUGCGCGCUGUUGCCCCGGGCAACAGUUUAUAGUGACUAGUGAACGGAGUCUCGCUGUAUUGUUUACAACGGGUCGAGAUCAACGAGCCGGCUUUAAUGCCCGCUGCAAAUCAAUUUUAUACUAUUCGAUAAAGGAAUCGAUUUUCUCGUUCUCGAGAUAUAUAUAUGCAAAAGUAACGAUCGCCCUUCGUGUGUCUAACUUGAUCUCUCCUUUAUUUGCCGCGAGCGGCAAUUUCACGGCGAGGAUUACCUGACCGCUGGCAAAGUGUCGAAAAUAACUCACAAUCAGCGCUGAGAGAGGGUUAAUGUCACUAUCAUCGCGCCGCGAGACGGAAAGUGACGGUUGCCGUGCGGCCGCGGCGGAGUGACAUAAUUGAAGAAGAAAGUGCCAGCGCGAGUCCGAGCCCGUUAUUAAGCGGUAAUGUGCGGGUGCCGCGGGGGCAGCGAAGAUGCCCACGAAAGCGUGCGUCGCGCUCGCUCCGCCACCACGGGGAUUAAAUGACGCUAAGCCCACGAGCUCCGCGGCGUUAUCCUGAGAGAGGACUGUCGCGCUCGAAUCAACCUCAGUUUUUUGAUUCCGACACCCUCCGACCGGCUCUCGCCCGAAGUGCUCGAUGCUCUCCGUAACCGUGCGCGCGGUGACGCCGUUUCGAAACGCGUGAGACCAUGUCGUCGAACGGUGAAUUCUCGACGAUGUCCAGCGAGGAGAUGCCGUCGCUGCCGAAAUCCCUGCCGAGCUCGAGAGAAGCCACCGCCGAGGGCGGUUCUGGUUCCAGCGGCGGAUACAUGCCGCUACGGGAGUUCCUGGAUCGAUUCUCGUUACCAAGGGUCGUCCGACUCGAGGGUACCGGCGGCAGACCGGUGCUCCUGUACAAGCAGCAACAGCGAUCGUUGAGAGUCACGGCGAGCCUACUAAUACACCGGUACCGGCAUGACGUCAAGGUGGGACCGGAGAUCGUCAUCCCGGAGGGUUAUCCAGGAUGGUUUUCUGUGAUAUCUGGCAAUAACACGACGGGCAGCGCGCGCGUCUACCGAAGAGUGGAUUCCUUGGUGAAGACGGGGGUGCCUGCUUUUCUGUUGGCGACGCCUCUGAGAGCGUACACAUUGACGCACUCGAAAAUGGAGAACGGAAAUCUGCGGGCCCAUUACACGAAGACGACGAUCCGAGCCGGCGAGAUACUACGGCUCGUGGCGGUCUUCCAGGAUACGCGGCGGUGCAGUUCGGUCUCCUUCACCAUUGCCGGCGGAUGCCCCGAGAAGGACCAGUAUGCACAAUGCAUCGACCUUCACGGGCGAGAGGUGUUCGCCUCGCUGUCGACCAGGGGCGAGUUCUACGCGAUCUGUCAGGGAAGCGGAAGCGUCGAGGCGGGUAGCGACGCGGUGCUCUACAAGGUUCAUCACCUCGCCAAGAGACAGCUGCCUCUCAGAGUACGACUGAUAGCGGGACCACUGCCGGUGCCACUGCCGAAGGAAUACGGCGGUCUAAUGCAAUUGGAGACAUCAACGCGUGGUCCCAUAGUGCUGGGCUGCGUUGUUCCCGAGAGACCGGUGCACAAUCCGGAAAUGCUCGAAUUGGUCGUGUCCGGUAACGGAGCACCGCGAGUGCGAAGAGCUCGAUUGGGUUAUCCCUCGGAGGCGAGAUUGUUAGCUUCCCCGAAAAUGCAACGAUUAUUAUCAGCCUGCAGCCGAACGGUCGGAGAUCGUGCAACGGAACCGCGAGUGGCGCCUACGAAGCUGCAUCCGCCAACCGUGGAAAGCCUGAAGGAGAUGCAUCUGAAGAAGAUCAAACCGAAACCGGAGACCAAGCCGAUCCUGCAGAGCCUGAAGGACGGGCUGGAGCAUUUGAAACGGAGCUCCGUCAAGGAGCGGAAUCAACAGACGAAGCAGAGUACCGGGAAUGGCAUUCUCGAGAGGAUCUCGAAACUAACUCAGGGCAACAGGAAUCGCAACCCCGCGAAAAAGUCGGCCUCCUUCACGUUUGCGGUGAGGCCGGAGAUCGCCAUGAGAUCUCAGGAGCGUUACUCCAGUCUGGAGCCGGAAACUACCUCUCAUCAGACGCGCCAGAAUCAAAAUGCUAAGCAGUCGGUGCAGAGAUCGGUGUCGACCAGCGUGCUGGAGGUACCGUGCGUCGAGCUGCAGCCCAACUAUUCUCGCGUGAGGGACAGCCUGACGCCGCUACCGUCGCUCCCGAAGCUGGUCAAGACCGGCGGCAGUAAGACCGAGGAGAUCUACGCCGAGAUCUGCGACACCGCGGCGGCGAACCAGGCGCAGAAGUGCCCGGGUAGUCACGUGAUGGCGCGAAUAAGGAUCGUCGUGCAGGGCAACGACUCGUCCUUGGGAACGCACAAUGUGAUCGGUAACGAGAGAUAUGUGAAUUCGAUGGUAACGAGCGAGCAGAUCGACUCGAUCAUCAGUACAGAGGAUGAAGUGAUCUACAAUACUGUAUUUUAAAAUUAGGAUGACGUACAAAAUGCAGUUUAUAGUGCUUAUGAUCGUACGUAAGCGGAAAAGAGAUUUCACUGUAACUCGAGGCAGCGACGUAUGGAAAUUUCUAAAGUGUAGGAAAACCGGCUGUGU